AUGGGGAUACAAAAUGAGUUCCUAGCCUUAAGAGUGGAAGAGAAUGACAAGAUCCGCUUUGCUACGUACCUUUUCACUGGAGCUGCUGAUUAUUGGUGGGAUUCGAUAAAACGAGUCCGAAAUGUUACAAUUUGGGCAGAGUUUGAAACUUUGUUCUUUGACAAGUAUUUUCCUGAGACUGUCAAAGCCCAUAUGUUAGUACCAUGUCGCUUCACUACUUAUGAUGAUGUUCUUGAUACUGCAUUAGAUAUAGAAGCGGAUUGGAUCAAGAACCAAAAGGAAAGGGAGCCAAGAGAUCCCAAGAGGAACCAGAAGACUGACCCAUCGACUCAUCGAAAGCGUCCGCUCUCGGGGUGUUAUCGUUGUGGGAAGGAGGAUCACUUUGUAAGGGAAUGUCCUUUAUCUGCACCACCUAGGCCUCCAACUCAGAAUCAGUUUCAGAAUGCUCCAAGGCCGAAUUUCCAAGCACGACAGCCAUACCAGCAGCGAAACAAUGCACCACCCUUCCAGCCAAGGCGUCAGCCAAAUGUUCCUGGGCAGCUGAACCAUAUUGUUACUGUUGAGAAGAGGACAGAAAAUACCGCGAUUGAGGGUAACUUCCUGAUCUUUAGUUCUCGUGCUAAAGUUUUGUUUGAAUCUGGAGCUACUCAUUCGUUCAUAUCAUUACAUUUAGCUGCUUAUCUUGGUUUGAAACCUGUACCCAUGGGGUUCACUUUGAAUGUCUCUUCACCGCUAGGAAAUGUAUUUUCCCUUAGUAAAUUUUACAAGGAUUGUGAAAUAACUUUUGGUGACUAUAGAGUGAAAAUAGACUUGAUACCGAUGAGGCUCCAAGAUUAUGAUGUCAUUAUUGGUAUGAAUUGGUUGUCACAAAACCAAGAUAUCCUGGAAUGUUUUGUGAAGAAGGUAUCUUUCCAAUCAUCUGACGGAAGUCGAGUGUCUGUCCAAGGAGAAAUGUGGAAAGUUAUAAAUCCAUCCUUACCAACGAAGAACACAUAG